AUGGUUAGUAGGUGGAGAGAAUGGGCAGCUACAAGCAGGAAACGAAUUGCGGACACAAAAAGCUUUGAGAAAGGUCAUUUUGCGGUUUACACAAGCGAAGGAAAACGGUUUGUGGUUCCAUUGGCCUAUCUCAAUAAUCUUGUCAUGUUGGAAAUCUUUAGAAUGGCUGAAGAGGAAUAUGGAGUGGAUGGGAAUGGUCCAAUUGUGCUUCCCUUUGAUGGUGCCUUUAUGGAAUAUGCUAUUUCUUUGAUAAAAAGAUCAAACUCCGGUGAAGAUAUAGAGGAGAGGCUGAUCGUGAUGUCAAUGUUUCCCUGCGGUCGGUUAUGUUUAUCGUCUUCUUUGUUUGUCCAACAUGAUCAAACUGUCUGCAGCUUUUGA